AAUGAAAAUAAAUUUUAGAGAAGGCGGAACUUCCAAAACUUACUAGGUAUAACAUUCAGUUCCUUUUAUUUUACAAGUCAUUAUACCGAUUACGAUUUUAAGUUAAAACAGGAUGACAAUUUAACACUACAAGAGAAUGCCGCCAAGUUCAGGAGAAUUAUGGGGGCAUCAUUUGAUGCCCUCUCAGGUAUUGGUUGAUUGUCUAUUGCCAACAGGUAUUAUCGUACCUAUACAAUGUAACCGUGACGUUACGUUAGAAAGAAUUAAAGGAGAGCUGUGGUCAGAGGCUAAGAAAUACCCGUUAUAUUCCAAGCUAUUAGAUCCAGAUUCGUAUAUAUUCGUAGCCAUAACCCAGGAUGCAGAACGAGAGGAAUUUUACGAUGAAACGCGUCGACUAUGUGAUCUUAGACUUUUCCAGCCCAUUUUAAAAGUUAUGGAACCAAUUGGUAACCGUGAAGAAAAAAUGCUGAAUUAUGAAAUUGGUAUGCUUAUUGGAAUUCCUGUGAAUGAAUUUAACGAGACCAAAGAUCUUGAAGUGAUGACUUUUAGACGUAAUGUUUUAAACGUUUGUAAAGAAGCUAUUAGCGUUCGAGAGCAGGAUGGAGCCUUCAGUCAAGCGUUGUAUGCCUACCCUCCAGACAUAGAGUCAUCACAAGCCUUACCACCUCACUUACAACAAAAAGUGAAAAAAUUUGGCGAUGAUUCUGUUAUUAUUUGUGUUUGGGUGGUUUCCGAAGACAAUAAUCGCUCAAAAUAUAGUGUAAAACUUAGCCAUCUAAAGACACCCACUGAUGUUAUCGCUGAAACCAUCCGUCGCAGAAGUCGUUUGAUGAGCAUGACUAAAGAACAUACACAGAUGUGUAUUGAAGAGUACAGCCAGGCGUAUGUUCUGAAAGUCUGUGGAUGUGAUCAGUUUCUCUUACAAGAUUGUCCCAUAAGUCAGUACAGGGUUAUCCGUGAUUGUCUUGCUGAUGAGAAAAUUCCACAGUUGAUGUUACUUACUAAAGAUAGUGUUUUUAACAGUUUAAGUGCAAGUCAGUUUACAGUGCCUUCGUAUGUCCAGAGAGGAAUCCAAGCGUUAGCUGAGAUAAAUAACCAACAGAUCGUUUAUACGAGUGACAUCAAAACACAUUUAAGGAUCAAAAUAUCCUGUGCCUCUUACGUUAAUGUCAAGGAAUUUGGAAAGAUAUAUGUUAAAGCUGGGAUUUAUCAUGGUACAGAACCAUUGUGUGCAGCCAAAAAUACACACCAAGAAGAUUCUACAAAUCCUAGAUGGGAUCAGUGGUUAGAGUUUCUACUUAUACCAGAUAUACCCCGUAGUGCUAGACUCUGUUUAUCUAUAUGUUCAGUAUCUCUGGCAAAAAGAAGAAAUAAAAAGGUCCACUAUGCUCUGGCGUGGGGUAAUUUACAGAUGUUUGAUUUCAACAGUCGGUUGUCAUCAGAAAAAGUCAGCCUUCAUUUGUGGCCGAUGCCUCAAGGAAUGGAUGACUUAUUGAACCCUAUCGGUUUGCCAGGCUCUAAUCCAGAUAAAGAUUGUCCAUGUUUAGAAAUAGAGUUUGAUAGAUUUGCUCAUCCAGUCGCCUAUCCUCCUGACUCAUUACUCCAACAAAUAGGUCAUAUAGCUUUAGCUAAAGAAAACCAACAUUAUCAUGACCAAUUAUCUUUGACUGAGUCGAAGGAAAAGGAAGAGAGGGAGUUAAAUUUAUUAGAUGAAAUAAUAUCUCGUGAUCCGUUAUCAGAUAUAUUAGAACAAGAUAAAGAUAUUUUAUGGAAGAGAAGAGAGAAUUGUUUAACACGACCAAAUUCCCUACCUAAAUUAUUGUUAUCUGUAAAGUGGCAAGAGAGAAAAGACGUUGCACAGCUAUAUCUGUUGAUAGAUAGAUGGCCAGUUGUUGAACCUGAAGUUGGUUUAGAAUUAUUAGAUUGCUCCUUCUCUGAUCUCAAAGUUCGAGAAUUUGCUGUGUCUUGUUUAGAUAAAGGAAUGACAGAUUAUAAAUUAUCACAAUAUUUAUUACAACUUGUACAGGCUUUAAAAUAUGAACCAUAUCUAGAGAAUCCAUUAACAUCUUUCUUGUUGAAAAGAGCUCUCCUUAAUCAAAGAAUUGGUAACUUCUUUUUCUGGCAUUUAAAAUCUGAAAUGCACCAGACAUCUAUCCGACUCCGAUUUGGUUUAAUAUUAGAAGCUUAUAGUCGAGGUUGUGGUUCUCAUCUUAAAGUGCUGAUAAAACAGGUGGAAUCCCUAGAUAAACUCACCAAACUUACCGAUAUGUUGAAAUCAGAAGUAAAAGAUGAUGAUCAAAUGAAACGUUUACAUGAACAGUUACAACAACCUGAUUAUCAGGAAGCUCUACAUCGUGUUAAUUCACCAUUAUGUUGUGGUCAUAUAUUGGGUGAUAUCAAGAAAGAUUUUUGUAAAGUAAUGCCGUCCAAGAAACGUCCCUUAUGGUUAGUGUGGAACAAUCCUGAUCCAAUGGCUGAUAUAGCCGAUCCUGAUUUCCAGAUUAUAUUUAAGAAUGGAGAUGAUUUACGACAGGAUAUGUUAACGUUACAAGUUAUUAAAUUGAUGGAUUCAAUAUGGAAAGGUGAAGGAUUAGAUCUCAGAAUGAUACCGUAUGGUUGUAUGUCGACUGGUAAAGACGUGGGGUUAAUAGAGGUUGUCCGUAAUGCAAAAACUAUAACAUCUAUACAAUCACGUGGUGGGGCUCGGGCUGCUAUUCAGAUGGAUUCAUCACAACUUCAUCGCUGGAUAAAAGAAAAAAAUUCCGACAGAUAUGAUCAAGCUAUAGACACAUUUACACGAUCAUGUGCUGGAUAUUGUGUGGCUACGUUCGUCUUGGGUAUCGGUGACAGACAUCCAGAAAAUAUAAUGGUCACGGAAUCUGGACAGGUAUUCCAUAUAGACUUCGGCCACUUUUUAGACCAUAAGAAAAAGAAAUUUGGGAUCAACAGAGAAAGGGUACCAUUUGUAUUAACAGAAGAUUUUAUAAGAGUUAUAUCUAAAGGUGUUGACCAACCAGCUAAACAAAAGGAAUAUGUGAAGUUUCAAGAAUUAUGUGUAUCUGCUUACAUAAUACUGCGGAAACAUUCUCACUUGAUAAUUACCUUGUUUACGCUCAUGUUGUCAUGUGGUAUACCAGAACUUCAAUCAUUGGAUGAUAUAGGUUACGUGAGAAAAACAUUAGCCGUUGAAAAAGAUGAGGAGGCAGCCAUCAAAUAUUUCAUCACUCAAUUCCGAAAUGCAUAUGGUGUAUCAUGGACCACGAAAUUUGAUUGGAUGUGUCAUAAUCUAAAGCAAUGGUUAUAAAGACUGUUGAUUGGUUGUUUCAUAAUCUGAAUCAAUGGUUGUGUCAUAAUCAUAAUCUGAAGCAAUGGUUGUGACAUAAUCAUAAUCUGAAGCAAUGGUUGUGACAUAAUCAUAAUCCGAAGCAAUGGUUAUAGAGACUUUUGAUUGGCUGUUUCAUAAUCUUAGAUAAUGGUUGUGUCAUAAUCAUAAUUUAAAACAUAAUCAUAAUCAAUGGUUGUGUCAUAAUCUGUUGACGGUGGUCUGUGCAGUUCUCAUUAUUUUCAAUGGAUGUUUCAUAAUCUUAGUGGUUGUAAGCCAUACAAAAAAUACUAUAUCCUGGAUCUCAGACCAUCUGAUGUUGGUAGGAGAUUUUUAUUUUGUCAGUGGUCACCAUUUUAAUUUGGGGUUAUCCAUUGCUAUUUCUGAUUGUCAAGGACAAAUCACCAGCGUUAUCUAGGCCUACAUGAUGAUGGAGUCUACUUGAAACUUCCAAAUCUGUCGGAAAUGUAUAUAUGGAGUUAACUCCCCUAUAAUACGGUAACUAUGAACGUGCAGUAUUUAAUGAGAACUAGAAUAUUUUAAAAGUGACAUACAAACGAUGAUCUGUGUUGCUUUUGCUAAAAAUAUACUAUCCAAACAUACAUGUAUUAGCACAAAUGUAAAGUUGCACUUUUUCACGUUAAACGAUGAAGAUAAAAGGUACCCUGAUAUGUUAGCUGUGUGCGCUCUUCAUGAUAAUUGUUCUAAUACAGUAUACCUAUCACCCAUCCCAAAAAUGCUAAACUUAAAGGCUUGAUGUGUCAUUCGGGGGGUUGGAUGGCUGAAUGGUUAGCGUGCGCGCGCUGUAUUUUUAAGUCUGUCAUUGAGUCAACUGGUGUGGUUUCGAAUCCCCGGUUUUAUGUGACAAGGAGUAGGGUCGCCUGUCCAACCUCAUGGGUUUUCUCUGGGUCCUCCGGUUUCCUCCCACUGCUAAAGACCCCUACGCGCAAGCGAAUUAUUGAAAUAAAAUUAAACCAUAUGUUAGUCCCGAAAUGACCUAGUUUGUGUCGAGUUGACGUUAAACCCCAUUUCUCUCUCUCUCUCUUGAUGUGUCAUUCAGUGCUAUAGGAAUAAUGUGGAUGUUUAAGCUUAAAUGUUGAAUAAUCUGUGUACAUAUAUAACCGUGAGAAAUUUGAUAUUUUUGCGAAAAUGCAAAUGGCGCAUCGAGCCUUUAAGAAAUUGUGUAUAUUGACUUCUAGUUUUUGUAAGAAGCUUCUGGUAAUUGUGUGAAAACUGUGAUGCGGAUGUAAAUAUGAUUAAUUUGUUUGUAAUUUUCUAUAUUCUAUAAGUUAACACGGAUAAUAACAAACAGGCCUUGAGGAGUUCACAAAUCAUUCUCAAACUUAAAGAUACAUUAUGGGGGAUUAGAUAAAGAGCUGGCAGUUCUCACUAUAAUAGUUAAAAACUAGGUAAUGUAAAGGGAAUUUGCUGAAAAUUUCAGUCAAAUUGAUCCACUCUGAACCGAGAAUUUAGCGAUUGAAUUUUGGAUCUAGCCACAAUCAUCAUUACUAAAGUCGGUAUGAUAAAAAACAUAGUCUUGAUUAUCCAUUCAUGAUUUAAUCAUGGAUGAGCGUAUAGCAGCAGAUCGGAUCCUAAUCCAGUAAAUAUCACAGGUUAGCGAUGACAAGUUAAUUAAUGUCUAAUUAAUAGUUUAUAUAACAUUUCAGGCCUAAAGAAAGACCUACAAUAGGCAGAUUUAGCUCUUGCAUAAUGUAUGUUUAACUUAAGAAUUUACUCAACUUUCAAUCACUGUUUAUGAAAAAUCUCUUUGAUCCAGAAACACAAAACUUUGUACAUAGUUUCUUAUUGAUGUAUUUGAUACGUUAAAACAACAAAAGUUUUAUAAAGGAUAUAUUUUGAAUAAAUUUAUAACUUAAAGUCUAAGAAUGCUUUGUGAACCUGGGGCCUGGACUAGGUCCAUAUACAAUAAAAUUUCUUUAUUAGUACCAGUACAUAACAGAUGUACCAUGGAUCUCAAAAUGAUUUUAUUUACCUUCAUGCUUGUUUUGUUAUACACUUAAUCCAUUAGUGAUAUUUGAAAGAAAAUUGUUGACCAAUUUUCUGAAACUAAAUCUUGAAUGUAUAUUUCAAAACCAAUAAAAAAAAAAUUAGUCGAUCUAAAAAGAAGACUGGUUAAAAAAUUAUACAAAUCUAAUAUUACUGCCAAUGUACCAGAAAAAAAACCAGAAAUAGGUUUUUUUAGAGUGGCAAAUGGCUUUAUUUAACGUCUGCUUCCAUCAAAGUGAUACCGCCUACGAGAAUGGGAGGGCUAUAUAUGUACCGGUGUAUGGGAAAUACUUGGUAUUUUAAUCUUUCACAGGGGUUGGGUGGCUGAAUGGUUAGCAAGUGCAAGCUGUAUCAUAAGGUCUGUCAUUGAGUCAACUGGUGUGGGUUUGAUUCCCCAGUUGUACGUGACAAAGAGUAGGGUCGACUGUCCAACCUCAUGGGUUUUCUCAGGGUCCUGUUUCCUCCAACUGCUAAAGACCGCUACGUGCAAGUGAAUCAUUGAAAUACAAUCAAACCAUGUUAGUCCCGAAAUAACCUAGUUGUGUCGAGUGGAGUUAAACCCAUUCUUUUUCUCUCACCCACUAUAGAAAAGUUUUCAUAUUUUACACAUUUUUCGUUAAUGAUAUAAGUAUGAAGUUUGUGGAAGCAGAAUAAUGAAUCUGCAUCUGUAUUUUAUAUUAUCGUUAUGUAAUUGUUUUUACCUGUUAGUGGCGUGCAGAGAUUGAUGACGUCUGGAGUCAACAUGUACAUUGUAUAUCCCGCAAAACACAAACAAGGGACCUAGUACUCACAAAAGUGAGAUAGGCAGACAUUUUAAAUAUGUCAAAACAGAUAAAAUAAACUUUUUAUUCAAAUCAAAUUUAAAAAAACUUUAUUUUCAUCUUUGAAUUAAUGUACCCCCAGGCCACCCCCCCCCCCUCACUCUCUGCAUGUCAACGUUACCUAUAUUUAUAUAUAGGCGACCCGUGACCGCAAAAUGAGUCAGAAUCUAAUUAAAAUAAGUGCAACAAUCUAAUUAAAAUAUAGAUCUAUAUUUCGUUUCGUUUUUUAUUCUUUCGAUGGCCUACACUACAUGUAGAUCUAACAAGUUAUAGUGGGAGUUCACGUUCUAUGACGUCAGGUACCAAGCAAGCGACAUUUGACCCGAUUACGUCAGUCAUUCGAUUAACCAAUUAGCGACCGCCAUGUAUUUUUUAUCUACUUUUGCUUUGUUUUGAUUUCUAUUGCCGCUAAUGUCUACCCAUAGUUCCGCGCAAAAAAGGUAAAACGCUCGAUUCGACAGACCAUUUGAUUGGCUGACCCCUCAUUUCAAGCAGAACACGAGUUAAAUAACAACGCUUCCAGAUCCAAGUGUAGUAAAGACAAGUAAAAUCGAAAUUUUGAACUAUAAAAACGAAACGAAAUAGGAUCUGUGUUUUAACCAGUUUGAAGUUGCAAGUCAUUGUUUACGAUAUAUGUACAAAAAUGUUGAAAUGGGCAAAAAAUAUGAAAAAAAAAUAGUUUGCUUUAUCUAAAUCGAAAGGGGGUUGGAUGGCUGAAUGGUUAUUAUGUGCACGCUGUAUCAUAAGGUCUGUCAUUGAGUCAACUAGCAUGGUUUCGAUUUCCCGGUUGUAUGUGACAAGGAGUAGGGUCACUUGUCUAACCUCGUGGAUUUUCUUUGGGUCCUUCGGUUUCCUCCCACUGCUAAAGACUCCUACGCGCAAGCGAAUUAUUUAAAUGAAAUUGAAUCAUAUGUUAAUCCCGAAAUGACCUGUUUGUGUCGAGUGGACAUUAAAUCCCAUAUUUCUCUCUUUCUCUAAAUCUAAACUUUUACCUUUCAUGUUAUAUCAUUAAAAAAAUAUUUUUACUUGCGACUCAUUUUGCUGUCACAUGUUGUAAAUUGCCGCGUAAAGUUGUGAUUGUAGAUCAUCACGUGUAUACUCAUCUUUAAUUUACUAAUUAUUAUUUCAUCUUCGUUAAUAUUGUUACCAUGGUAAGCACUCAGACAAUAUAUAUCAAUAUAAAUAAACAUCUUUAUGCUAUAUAUCCUA